AAAGUACGUUCGCGCGUUCGCCACAUCAGCCUAUGUGAAAUUCGUGAAAAAUAAAGAACGAAAACGCAAUUUCCAUAAGAAAUUGUAACGCUUAAACCAGCCCAUAAUAAAGCUUAUGCGUGCCCUGCAGAUUAUUAAGAAAAAAAAAAUCAUCCCACCACGAGAACCAGUCAGUAACAAGAUACUAUCCUGGAGCCACGUAAGGAAAGGUAAGCUAUAUUGGGCAAAUCUUACAGACGAACGGACACACACCACGCUGGCAAGAAAGAGAGGCUGUCUGGAGCAAAACCUUUUAAGCGAACAAACGCCACUUCUGCUCAUAAUCUUGGCAGUUCAGCCGGAAAGGACUUUUGUAAGACCCCCAUGAGGACCUGACGAAGCCUUUCGCAUCAUUGGCCGAUGGACGGUUGCAUAAGAAAACCUCGCCCUGCCAUUGGCUGCUCGUCCAGGACUCUCUUGGGUCCGGUGGUGAGGGCGUGAGGGAAGCUGAGAAGAGAGGUGGACGAAGCCGAGGAGAAUAGACGCUUCUUGGAAUCACCGGGAGACAGAAGCCAUCAUGAUACGUCUAAUAUUAUUAACGGGAUUAGCAGCGUGUUUGCAAGCCAUCUCUGGAACGCAUGGCUUUCCAGGCUUCCCACCUCUACCAGUGGCGUUCGUAGCUGAGAAACCAGAUGGCAGCGUUGAAUACAGCCCUGACACCAAGAUUAAGAACCUAACCUCUAGAUUUGAGACCGUUGCCUACAUACCAACUAAUCCUUACGGUUUCUCAACAAAGAUCAAGAAACUCAAUGCUGACAAGUCGAGGUUUGAGGAUUUGCAAAUCAUCAGAUCUAAUCCCUAUGGAUUUUCCCAAGAAGUGUUCAAAGUUGAUGGUCAGACUAAGAGUAGACCAUCUCGGUUUGAGCCAGUUCCUUCCAUUCCUAGCAACCCAUAUGGCUUUUCCAGUAAGGUCGUCUCUCAGUCAGUAGAUACCCCCAGUCGAUUUGAGACUGUAGAACUGAUUCCAGACAACCCUUACGGAUUCAGCACCAAAACGGCAACUGAAGGUAUUUUACCCAGUCCAAGACCUUCACGGUUUGAGUCGGUAGCUUCUAUUGCGAAAAAUCCGUAUGGAUUUUCUGAGAAAGUUAAAUCCUUUGAGUCAGACCAUCCUAGUAGGUUUGAAAACAUUGAGUAUAUUCCGACCAACCCUUACGGUUUCAGUUUGAGAGUGAACCAGGAAGGGAGCGCACCGCAAACAAGACAGUCGAGGUUUGAAAGCACAGCUUUCAUUUCAAAGAAUCCCUAUGGGUUUUCAGAAGAUGUCAGGUCAGUCUCAGACGACAGUUUCCCUAGCAGGUUUGAGAGUGUCGAAUAUAUACCCAAUAACCCAUAUGGCUUCAGUCAAAAUGUUCAAGGAGUAGGCGCGUCUCCCUCACAGAGACCAUCUCGAUUUGAGACUAUCCCUUACAUUGCAAGGAACCCGUAUGGUUUUUCAGAGCAGACACUUCAGAAUGGAGAACUUCCAAGCAGGUUUACAAAUGUUGACUUAAUCCCCGACAAUCCUUAUGGAUUUAGCACUAAAUCUAAAGGAGCAGAAUCUGCUUCUACAAAGCAGCUAACUUCUCGAUUUGAAACAUUUGCUUACAUUCCAAAAAAUCCUUACGGAUUUUCAGAGAGAAUACAACUGCUUUCACCAGAACUCCCCACAAGAUUCGAAAACUUGGAGUAUAUUCCAAUUAAUCCUUAUGGAUUCAGUUUAGAAGCAAAAAAGAACGGAGAUGUAGCAAAGGCUAGAUCCUCUCGUUUUGAAACCGUGCCUUACAUACAUAAUAACCCCUAUGGAUUCCCUCAAAGUGCAAGAACAGUGUCAGAUCUCCCAAGCAGAUUUGAGAACGUUGCUUACAUCGCCAAUAAUCCUUAUGGUUUCAGCACCCAAACUCAGGAAAAUGGGGAUUCUCCCAGAUUCAGAAGUUCUCGUUUCGAGAAUGUAGAUUACAUUCCUAAAAAUCCUUAUGGCUUCUCAGAAAAAAUAAGGCACCUAACACCAGAUCUACCAGAUAGAUUCGAAAAUGUAUCUUACAUCCCGGUUAAUCCAUAUGGAUUUAGUCAAAACGUUCAGUCUCUUGAUGACUCUGUCAACAGAAGAUCAUCUCGGUUUGAGAACAUCCCCCUUAUUGCAAAGAAUCCAUAUGGCUUCGCAGAAGAUAUAAAAACUCUGUCAGGUCUGCCGAGCAGGUUUGAAAACGUUGAAUACAUUCCAGAUAAUCCCUAUGGUUUCAGCACCAAGUCACAAAGUGAAGAUGCCUCUCCGAGAGAAAGGUCAUCACGAUUUGAGUCUAUUCCUUUAAUCGCAGAUAAUCCUUAUGGGUUUUCGCAGAAAACAAAAGAAAUCUCAGAUUUACCCAGUAGGUUUGAAAACGUUGAAUACAUUCCAGAUAAUCCUUAUGGUUUCAGCACCAAGUCACAAAGUGAAGAUGCCUCUCCGAGAGAAAGGUCAUCACGAUUUGAGUCUAUUCCUUUAAUCGCAGAUAAUCCUUAUGGGUUUUCGCAGAAAACAAAAGAAAUCUCAGAUUUACCCAGUAGGUUUGAAAACGUUGAAUACAUUCCAGAUAAUCCUUAUGGUUUCAGCACCAAGUCACAAAGUGAAGAUGCCUCUCCGAGAGAAAGGUCAUCACGAUUUGAGUCUAUUCCUUUAAUCGCAGAUAAUCCUUAUGGUUUUUCGCAGAAAACAAAAGAAAUCUCAGGUCUUCCUAGUAGGUUUGAAAACGUUGAAUACAUUCCAGAUAAUCCCUAUGGUUUCAGCACCAAGUCACAAAGUGAAGAUGCCUCUCCGAGAGAAAGGUCAUCACGAUUUGAGUCUAUUCCUUUAAUCGCAGAUAAUCCUUAUGGUUUUUCGCAGAAAACAAAAGAAAUCUCAGAUCUUCCUAGUAGGUUUGAAAACGUUGAAUACAUUCCAGAUAAUCCCUAUGGUUUCAGCACUAAGUUAAAGAGUGAAGUUGCCUCUCCGAGAGAAAGGUCAUCGCGAUUCGAAUUUAUUCCUUUAAUAGCGGAUAAUCCCUAUGGUUUUUCGCAGAAAACAAAAGAAAUCUCAGACCUGCCCAGUAGGUUUGAGGAAACAAAAUACAUUGCCAACAAUCCUUAUGGUUUCAGCACAGUCAUUCAAACUGCGGAAGAUACCCCUAAGUUUAGAUCAUCCCGCUUUGAUACUGUUGCUUACAUUCCAUCAAACCCCUAUGGAUUCUCAGAAAUAGUCAAGUCUAUCUCAGACCUUCCAAGCAGGUUUGAGAAUACCCCAUAUAUUGCUGAUAACCCCUACGGUUUCAGUACUCUGGUAAAAUCGCAGCCAGAAUUCAGAAGCCAAAAACCUUCUCGCUUUGUAACAGUAGCAAGCAUUGCAGGGAACCCCUAUGGUUUCUCAGAACAAGUCAGGGAUAUAUCACCAGAUCUCCCCGACAGAUUUGAAAAUGUAGAAUAUAUUCCAAGUAACCCAUAUGGAUUUAGCUCUGAUGUACAACGAUUAGAUGACUCUCCUAAGGAAAGAUCCGCCCGCUUUGAAUCUGUUCCGUAUAUUGAAAAGAAUCCUUAUGGAUUUUCAGAGGAUAUCUCAUCACCUUCAAGCCUUCCGGCAAGGUUUGAGAGGACCGAUAAAAUACCAAAUAACCCGUACGGUUUCAGUACCGAAAUCAAGACAGAUGGUGACUCUCUAAAGAAACAGUCAUCGCGGUUUGAAAAUAUAGCGUCUAUACCCAAAAACCCCUACGGCUUCUCUGAAAAGAUUGAGACUGUAUCUUCAGAAGUUCCCAGUAGAUUUGAAAGCGUUGACCAUAUCCCAGAUAAUCCUUAUGGUUUCAGUACUGAGACCAAGAGGAUAGGAGGCUCCCCAAAACAGAGGUCAUCUCGGUUCGAAUCCGUAGAUGCCAUUGCCAGUAACCCGUACGGUUUUUCUGAAAAUGUUGACAGUCAGUCAGAUCUUCCAAGCAGAUUUGAAUCUACCAAAUACAUUGCUGAUAAUCCUUACGGUUUCAGCAAGAAAGUUGAGUCUGAAGAUUAAUGAGCAGAGCCCCAGAGCAAAACAUUGUGAAGUUGCCAAGAACCUACUAAAUCGAUUUACACUCAUAUUAAAGAGUAACGAAACUUUAGUCUCAAUUGGCUAUUCCUUUUGAGUUCAUAGUUACAAGCUUGUAAUUGCAUUUUAGCUUACUCUAAAAUUAUGUAAACAUAAUUUCAGACAUGUUUUGAGAUCUGAAGGUGGUCAAUACAUCAGCAACACUCCUGGAUGUAGCAAUUUUGGAUGAUAGUUCAUAAGAUAAAUAACCAUUAAGACCAGUGGUUCUCGAAAUUUUUUAUGGAUCGUGCACCCUUUCAUUAUAUGUCAGAAUGUCAUUCACGGCCCCCCUCCCUUUUUCCAAAAUUGUGAGUGCGAAACCAACAAAAUACUAACACAAACACACAAGCUAGCAGAGACAAAGCUCUGCAUGACUUCUCAGUAGUGCGGACAGAUGCACACUGCGUGUUGUGUAGUCCUAGGGACAGUUUGAGCCUGCCAAUUCCCCUCCCCCUGAAACUCCUCCCUGGUUGAGAACCACUGCUAUAGACUAUCCAUGUAUGAUUACAAAAUAUUUUUUUAAAAUCUAGUAUAUAUUUUAGUGCUAAUUUUAAUAGCAUCAGGAAUCUUCAAAGCUCUGAAUCAGUUUGUGAACUUGAUCACAGCAAAUAAAAAAAAAACAUAAAAUCAAAGUGCCAAUCAUCAUCGUUUCUAAUUCGAAAAUUAAUCCAUUAGCCUCUGUUAAAGGACUGUCAGGCAUAAUGAAGAUUCUUAUAAUUUACUUUAUGCUCUAGAACCUUUGAAGAAUGGGUAAGAGAUCAUUAGAGAAUGGUCACCACACUUCCAGGUAAGCAAGUUCGAGUGUGCCAUAUCUGGUGGAAGGUUAGCUAACCGUGAAUUUGUUCAAACAGCAUUAAAGUAAUAGUUAGCAUCGUAAAUUGUCCUUUCUUUCAAGGAGUGGAAAAUUAUUGUUUUUCGGGUUUUGAUGAGCAAUUUGACUUCAUUACUAAGUAUAAUAUGAUCAGAAACGCGCCAGAAUUUGGAAAAUAAAAAAAUUUUGAAUCUUCGAUGGCCCUUGUAAAUUAUUGAGAGACAUUGUGCCAUCGUACAAGGAGAGGCAAUUGAAAUAUUUUUUAAUUCAACACGGAAUUGUCAGUGUGGGUGACGCUUUCAAUGAAGCAUACGUAAUAAUCUAUUGACUAAAAUUCCGUACUUUUUCAUAAGGGAAAACUCGACAAAUAUAGACAGAGAAAAAAAAAAAAAGGACAAUCUUAAAUGUCAGUUCUGUUGACGAUUACAAAAAACCUGUGCCACAGCUUUCUAGUCAGCUGAUCAACUAUUUUCUUUUUUCUUUCAUGAACUAAUGGUUUCCCUUAAGGAAUUUUGUUUCGUUUCUAGAGGUUUAAUGUACGUGCGUCAGCUGUCUGGUGUGAUCUGUGUAAUGAUUUUUUCCUUCUAACAUACAUUUUUAGGCCUUGUUACCUGGUAAGGCAAUUAUAAGUAAGCUUUUGUCAAUGGAAUUUAAUUUUAAUGUCAGACGCCGUGGAAAUUCAUCACCAAAAUCUAUAAGCCCGAAUUUUUGGAGGCAUUUGAAUCACAAAAUAAAAAUAAAAAUCGCGUACAAAUAUUUCAAGAGAAAAAUAUUUUGGAAUGUACUUUUAAUAUUGACUAGGAAUUGAUAUGCCUUAAUAAAAGAAGCAAAUAAU